CCACGGAGUCCAAUCAGAGCAGAAAAAAGGCGUAUGCCCCAAGCUUCGUGCCCGGCUGUUUACCCAGGAAGAGGCCCCUUUGCUAGCGGGCUUGUUCUGCGGGAAAAAAAAGAGCGGCUGAACUGCCUGCGGAGAUGGGAAGCAGGACCACAGAAAGGGAGCCUCCUGAGUCUCGAGUUGCGAGCCCGGCGUAGCAUACGUUCAUUGUCAGAGCGCUGCGCCACGCGACUCGGCUCCGCUGCGCUUGAGGAAUUCAGAGCCUUCUGAUACUCUUUGGAAGCGUGGCCAGAAAUGCUCACGCGUAAAGGCGCGCGGCCGAAGCGCUAGGAACCUUCUGGCACUGAGGAGGAAGGGACAACCUGACUGAGCUCAUUCAGUCGCCGCCUCUUUCUCCCAGACUCAGGCGAUGGUCCGCCCGCGAGGUAAGCAGAGGCGGGAAUCCAGAAGGGCUUGCUUGCGCCGCGGAGACCAUUCCGCCUGCACUGCUGAUGCGGGCAGCCGCCUCUGACGCUGGCUGGCGCGCUCGCCCUGUGGGCCCGGAAGCUAUGGGGCUGUCGCACCGCGUGACGCUAACGCUGCUUUUGCUGGCGGUGGGGGGGUGCCCGCGGGUCUCAUGGUCGCUGGUGUGGUACACAGCCUGGGUGAGCACGGUGUACACUGAGCCGGGCACCAACCGCACGGUGCGGGACAGCACGGAAAGCGGGCGCUACGGGAGCAGCUCGUCCAAGGAGAAUGCGCAGGGCCUAGUGGGCAUCCCCAGCGGCGGAACAGCCCGCCACAUGGAGGGCUGCGACCCAAAGGUGGAGUACGAGAUCCCCGUGCCCCCCGGAAGCUCCUCGGGAGAAAAAGAGGUGGGAGCGCCCUUCUCGCCGCCUCGGUCCUGGAUCGCCUUGGUGGCCUACGGAGGCUGCCACUUGAAGGACAAAGUCGCCCACGCAGCAAGGAGGAAAGCGGCCGCCGUAGUCAUCUACAACGAGCCUCGGUUCGGCAACUCCACUCUUACUUCUAUGUCUUACCUCGGUACUGCCAAUACAGUUGUAAUUAUAGUUGGAUAUCCAAAAGGAAUGGAGAUCCUGGAGCCAGUGCUAAGAGGAAUUCCAGUGAAAAUGACUAUUAGUGUUGGUAAACAACAUGUACAAGAAUAUAUUAGUGGACAAUCAGUUGUGUUUGUAGCAAUUGCGUUUAUCACAAUGAUGAUUAUAUCUUUAGCGUGGCUUAUAUUUUUUUAUGUACAACGUUUUCUCUAUACUGGAUCACAGUUUAGAAAUCAGGGUCAGAGAGAAGAAACAAUUAAAGCAAUUGCUCAACUGCCACUUUAUAUUGUAAAGGAUGAAGAUAAGUGUUGGGCCAAUGACACAGAAAAUUGUGCUAUAUGCAUUGAAAACUAUAAAACAAAAGAUACUGUUCGACUUCUGCCUUGCAAACAUAUCUUCCAUAAGCUGUGCAUUGAUCCCUGGUUGCUGGAACACAGAACAUGUCCAAUCUGUAAAUUAGAUAUCAACAAAGCGUUAGAAUAUUGGGGAGGAUCUAAAAAAGUAUUUGAAGUUGCAGUGCCUGAGUCAGUGAGUUGUAACAUACCAACUGGGAACUGGAAUAUUUCUGUGGAAGAAGACAGUAAUGAAACAAGUGGCUUACCAGCAUCUUCUGCUAACUCAUCUGCAUUAAAUAAUAAUGUUUUAAAAGAGAAUCCAUGUGAAACAACAGUUUUACUUGAAAUGGAAAGUGGAGAUAAUCAACAUGAUCAUUUGCCUUAUGGAUCACAAACAUUUAAUGAAAACUUGAGAAACUUGAACUGAUAGUAAAAAAAAAACAAUUUUGUUUUUUUAAAUUGUUAUAGGCUUGAGUCUAACCUCAGAAAUACAUAUUUCCUAUAAGUCUUGGUUACAAAACUUUUCUCUGUACAAGAUACACUAGUUCUGAUUUUGAUCCAUGA